AUGGAAUUGUCAGCGCCAUCGGAACGUCUUCCCCUUCUGGAAACAUUGAAUGUACAGUACCUAGUUAAUUUGAAGGCCGACUUUGGAGACGGCGGUCAAUCGCUGUGCGGUAUUGUACAUACCAUUGAUAUUGUCAUGCGUCGCCAGCGUGUCGUGAGGGCCUCCUCAGCGCAAAGUCUGUGCGUCUUCUGCGCGUGUCGUUUUGGGCUCGAGCCUGGCAUUGCUCGCAUCCCCCGUAGGACUCUUACCACCACCGUUGUCCGUCCUUCUGCUCGGCCCUCAGUCCAGCCAGCUGAGAAUGCAUCCGGCUCGGCAUCAUCGACGUCCGCCAAUGCAGGUUUCACAAUCGACCCCAACUCGUCAUUGACAAUCAGCGAGCAACAAGAGAAAUGGCGCCGCAUGUCGGCUCAGCGGAAGUUGGCGGAGGAGAGACAGCGGAUUGAGGCUGAGCAGCAGCAGGCGAAGCAAAAAGCAAUCUGGGAGGCAGACGAGAAGCAGCGUAAGGCGGCGGUGGCGGAUGCUCAGAGCUCAGUAUCAAGAGAUGAUGCAGGGAAGGCGCCGGCUGAGAGACCUACGCGGGAGAAGAAAAGCGCUGGCAAGCACCCGUCUCCAUCUGGUACAAUGGCCGCUGCGCCUGCUCUCUCGGGACAGUCUCUUGGUCAGGCAAUGAUGGCUAGCCAACCUUCCCAAGCUGGCCAUUCCGAGAGUCACCGGCGAGGAGACCGCGGUGUGCGACCACGAGAUCAAUCGCAGAAAGAGCGUACACGGUCAAUGAACAGGGCGGGGAAGGCGAAUCGAGGUGGGCAGUCCCGUGAAGAAAGUGGUGGACAGGGAGAAGCUUUCAGGAUACGAAAGUUCAUAACGGAGGCUCCACAGAAACAAGGCCCCAGUGCGGCGCCCAGGACUUCGCAGCAAAAGUCCGAUCAUCAAUCUCGGAGUCCCCAGCAGAAGCACCCUAGGAGAGCAGCCACGCCCGAUGAACAUCGAGGUCCCCAGCAGAAGCAGCCUAGGAGAAUAGCCAUGACCGAUGAAAAUCGAGGUCGCCAGCAGAAGCAACCUACGAGAGUAGCCAUGCCUGACUUCUUGCUCCCACAAAAGGAUUCUGGCCCAGCCCCGGUUCCCACAGCCGGUUGGGGAUCGAGGCCUACAGAUGUGAAGCCGCUUCAGUAUGGCGAUAUUCCCUCGAAUGUUCAGGACGUUGAUGAUGUAGAAUCAAACGUUCAAGAUGUCCACGAUCUGCAGAACGAUGAUGGGGCGGACGCAGGUAUUCCAACUCACCAAACGUUCCAAAGACUCGACUUCUCCCACGGGAUUGAGGAGUCGCUGACUUCGUCUGAGAAGGGUCAGGGUUUCGUCGAAACCAAUAUGAAGUCGGCAGAGGCCCAGGAUUCUAGUCAGUCUCACGCGUCUACUCUGGACACAUUCGGCUACUUCGAGGAUGCUGCUACUUCCGAACCUAAGUCACAGCUGGACGACCCAUCGUCAAGUCACGAGCCAUCGUCAAGUCACGAACCAUCGUCAACACAGGAGCCAUCGUCAAGAAACGAACCAGAUUCGCACAUCUCAAGUUUCAAGAGUGGUGGCAUCGCGGAAGCUGCUAUUCGCGCUGCGACAUUCGGAGGAUUUGGGCAGCCAUUCGCGGAAAAGCAUGCAGGACCCAACACAGGGAGUGCUCAUCCAGACCCAGCGCCCCAAGCUUCGGAUGCAGGCUCAAAGACCGCCGUCGCAAAAGAUGCGCCUUCAACCCCUCCGCCAUCAUCCACUCCCGUGAUUGUCUCAGCAGACCUUGGCGUGAAGGAGCCAGUGGAGUCGUCACUGGAUACGAAUCCUGCACCGUCUGCACCAGCCGCUCCAACAUCCACAACUCCGUCGCCUUCGGCAGCAAUAUCACCAGAGCAACGUGAGAUGAUGGAGAAAAUUGAGCAAAUGAGACGCAUGGUCGAGGACUUUGAUCGGCUGAAUUCCGCAAAGGCUUCAGGUCCGGUUGCUACACCGCCUGCUCAGCCAAAGGUUGAGCAGUCGCCCACUCCCGCUCCGCCGAAGACUGAACAGGCACAGCCGCCGUAUGGCAUGGGCGCCUUGCAGACUCCGCCAUCRAUUGCUGCUUCCGACGUGGGAAAAAAUCCACUUCAAAACAUCAACAGCCCACUUGCGCAAACUCGCCUGGGCGACACCGGAUACAGAGCAACUCCAUUAAAUCCAGACGAGCUCUUGCAGACUUCCCAGGCACCUGCAGAAGAAGAGGGUAAGUGGGGACUUCUUCGCCGGCAGCAAGAUACCAAGUCAACGCCGCCGCCACCGCCGCCGCCGCCACAGACCCCUGCGUCCCAAUCUCGAUCUGAGCCGCAAAGACAACUCUUCAAGACCAGGGAAGAGGACGCUGACAAGCUGUUCGAAGCGCAUCGAGCAACGCGGAUAUCGUAUGCACCUCCGCCUUCCUCGCAGAAUGAGUCUUAUUCGUUCAGUCAAUUGAGCGACCAGGAUGUGARGAACAAAAAAUGCGCUCGAUGUGGACAGAUGGGGCAUACAGCAACCAUGUGCCGGGGAUCACUCCGCAAAUGUCACAACUGUGGGAAGGAAGGGCAUAUUAGUCGCGAAUGUCCAGAGCCUAGGAUGGCGCUGCCUAUUUUCCAAGUGUUUGUUGGAGGCGUCAGUCCGGACGCGACUGUUAGCGACUUCAAUAACUACUUCAGGAAUUAUGACGGCGUGGCGAGUACCAAGCUCAUUACUCAACCAUCCGAUCAAUCAGGACAGCCUCCGAGAUCGAAGGGCUUUGGAUUCGUUAGCUUCAGGGAUGAACAGACUCGAGAGCGCUUCUUGUCUCAAGGUCCCUUCAAGCUUCUUGGCAAAUCUAUGAAUGUCCGGCUCGAUCAGUCUGCGCGACCGGGAGCGAAUGCUACUCGACCUAGUGCCGCGAUUGACCAUGUCGAUCGCUCUCCGGUCGCCAAUCCUUUCGACUCCACCCAAUCYCCAGACAGAGGAAACGUUGUCCACCGCACUUCUAGCGCCGACAUCUUUAGCCCUACUAGCUCCUUUGACCCUGCACCACCAGUGCCCUCAGCUCCUGUCGAUGAGCCAAAGCGCGGAUCACGCGAAGCUCGACGUCGACAGUGGGAGGAGCCGGAAGCUGAAGUUGAAAAGUCCGACAAAGGCGCCGAACGUAAAGGCCGCCGUGGAGGUCGACGCGAGAUCGAAGAAGACGAAGAAGACGAGAGAGGUGGUGCUCGUGAAGCUCAUCGUGCCCGCAAAGCUGCUCGUCAAAGGCAAAAGGACGCUGAAAAGGACGCCGAGAAGCAAGCUGCUAAGCGAAAACGUGAGAUGAAGAAGAAAGAGGCGGGCAUCCCCAUUACCCUUCCUGAAUUUAUCAGUGUUCAGCAUCUCUCUCAGGCUUUGGGCGUUCGCUACGAGUCCUUUGUGGAACGUCUGGAAGAACUUGGUUACGAUGAUGUAUUCGCUGGCAAGACGCUGGACUCUGAGACCAGCGGUAUGAUCGCCAUGGAGUACAACUUCGAUCCAACUUUCGACGGAGGUUACCGCGAGGAAGAAGUGAGGGAUUUGAAAGCACGACCUCCGCUUCUUGAUAGACAGAGCCUUCCUACCCGUCCGCCUGUGGUUACCAUUAUGGGACACGUCGACCACGGCAAGACCACUAUCCUCGACUAUCUGCGGAAGUCUUCUGUUGCCGCCGGAGAGGCUGGAGGUAUCACUCAGCACAUCGGCGCGUUCUCUGUCCCUCUCUCAGCGAGUGGGAAGACUGUCACAUUUUUAGACACGCCAGGCCACGCAGCGUUCUUGGCAAUGAGACAGCGAGGCGCCAAUGUGACAGAUAUGGUAAUUCUGGUGGUGGCGGCAGACGAUUCCGUCAAACCACAAACUCUGGAAGCCAUUAAGCAUGCCAAGGAAGCGGGUGUUCCCAUGAUUGUGGCCCUCAACAAAGUCGACAAGCCAGAAGCAGAUGUUGAGAGGUGUAAGCAAGAUCUCGCCAGACAUGGCGUUGAGAUUGAAGACUACGGUGGAGAUGUUCAAGUAGUUGAAGUCUCCGGCAAAACUGGCAAGGGCAUGGACGCGCUCGAGGAGAACGUGGUCGCACUGUCUGAACUCCUCGAUCAUCGCGCAGAGACCGACGGAGCUGUGGAGGGGUGGGUACUGGAAGCCACCACACGCAAAGCUGGUCGUGUCGCAACUGUUCUCGUCAGACGCGGAACUCUUGUUCCCGGUACGGUCAUCGUAGCCGGCAAGGCAUGGGCGCGCGUACGCACGCUCAAGAAUGAGGCCGGCGUCGAGAUCGAAAAGGGUGGACCAGGAAUGCCUUGCGAAGUGGACGGCUGGCGUGAUCAACCAUCUGCUGGCGAUGAAGUUUUGGAAGCUCCGACCGAACAGAAGGCCGGCUCUGUUGUUGAAUUCCGCAUUGAGCUAGCAGAACGCGAGCAAACGAAGCGCGAUAUGGAAGUCAUCAACGCCAACCGUAAACUCGAGCAGGAAAAGAGAGAGAAGGAGAAGGCUGCAGAGCAAGCUGCCAAACGCGCUGCAGCUGCUUCUGCGACUGUUGGACCUGACGGCACGCCAAUUGCUGCUCCUGCGGCAGAGGCUACUCCUGCGCCAGCUGUGGAGCCCGAGAAUGAAAAGGAAAGCGGGCAAAUCGACAUUCCUUUCAUCAUCAAGGCCGAUGUUUCUGGUUCUGCAGAGGCUGUUGCAGCUUACAUCAUGUCUCUAUCCUCUCCACUCAUCACACCGUCCAUUCUAGCCUCUGGCGUUGGCCCAGUCCACGAAAGCGACAUCGAAUUGGCGUCCGCAGCAGAGGGCCACAUCAUCGCAUUCAACUUGCCCAACGAUCCCGAUUCGAUGGGCAAAGCUACAGCUCGAGGAGUCAAGAUCUUGGCUAAUGACAUCAUCUAUCGCUGUUUGGAUGAUGUAAAAGCUGUACUCGAGGAGAAGCUUCCGCCGAUUGUCACGUCAAGAGUUACGGGUGAGGCGGAUAUCAGCGCGGUGUUUGAGAUUAGCGUUGGAGGACGCAAGAAGAAAUCUAUUGCGGGUGMAAAAGUCCGGAACGGUAGUGUGGCGAGGAAUGCGAGGGUGAGAGUUAUGAGGGKUGGGGAUAAGGUUUACGAUGGUACGAUCAACUCCCUGAAGAAUCAAAAGAAGGACACGGAUAUCAUGCGCAAGGGCAGUGAAUGCGGAAUGGGCUUCGAAGAUUGGGAGGGCUUCCAAGUGGGCGAUCAGGUCCAGAUGUAUGAGGAAAUCUCGGAAAGGAGAAGGUUGUAA